AAGUGUUUAAGGCUUAAAUUAAAAAAAUAAUAACGACAUUUAAAGACAUUUUUGUAUGUUGUUUAACCAGUAUAAUUUUUUAAUAAGCAUAGUAAUUUUCAAAACCGAAAGUAAAAUAAACCGACAGCGCCACAUCUUUCAGUUUCAAUAGACAUCGUAUGGUGUUUGAUCGAGGAAUCAUAUUUCAGGGGUAAAACGUCAAAAAUUGUUUACUCUUAAAAUACAUUUUAUAGCAUUUCUUGUGUUUUAAAGAUCAUGGCUCUUUUGGACGUGAGUGGUUACUUGUCCCUUUCCGGAUACGGCGGACAGAUGUUUGGCUCAAAGCGAAUGCAGCUUUUUGAUCGACCAAAUCACUACACUUUUGGGGCAAAAUCUCAAGAAUUUGCGGUGCCAGCUGGAGUCGACCCUUUGACCUUCAUGAAAUCAUGCAGCUGUGAAAAUGGGAUAUCAAUAGAUAUGAAUCAUGGCACCACCACACUCGCUUUCAAGUUCCGCCAUGGUGUUAUCGUGGCAGUUGACUCCAGGGCUUCGGCUGGUAGCUAUAUUGCCUCAAAGGAGGCAAAUAAGGUGAUUGAGAUCAACCCUUACCUUCUGGGCACCAUGUCCGGCAGUGCAGCAGACUGCCAGUACUGGGAAAGACUUCUGGCUAAAGAGUGCAGGCUUUACAAACUACGUAAUAAGCAGAGGAUAUCAGUGUCUGCAGCUUCUAAACUGCUGUCCAACAUGAUGCUAAAUUACAGAGGCAUGGGCCUCUCCAUGGGCAGCAUGAUUUGUGGCUGGGACAAGAAGGGUCCAGGUUUAUAUUAUGUUGAUGACGAUGGCACACGACUCUCUGGGCGAAUGUUUUCCACCGGUUGCGGAAACAGUUAUGCAUACGGGGUGGUGGACAGUGGCUACUAUGAGGAUAUGACCGUGGAAGAGGCAUAUGAGCUAGGCCGACGUGGCAUUGCCCAUGCCACACACAGGGAUGCCUACUCUGGUGGGGUUGUGAACCUAUACCACAUGAAGGAGGAUGGUUGGAUUAAGGUGUGUAAGGAGGAUGUAUCAGACCUAAUUCAUCACUACAGGAAAGGAAUGUUCUAAAGGACAAAAUGUACCUACACAAAUUGUUGAUUUCCUCUUACUGUAUCUGACAAAAUUUGAAAUAAAUGUGUUUUUCAAACUAAAA